AUGGACUGCUCAAAGGGCGUCUCAAAGUCAGCCAUUCCCGAGGUAUCUACCUACGGCAGCCCCCCCAGGAUUUGCCAACUGCGCAGUGCCAGCUCAACCCAACCCCAACUUCGUUGCGUCGCUGCGUCAUCCCACCCACGUUUGACGAUUGUGCCGACUUGUCUACGGAUAGUCCGCCCUCUAAAACCCAUCAGCGCCGUCUCCAAGACUGCUUGUUUCUGCAGCACUGCAGACAACCUUACGCGGGGACCUACGACGACAUCCCACACCCAAUCUUUCUUCGCCCGAACAUACACAUACACCCAGAGCCUGACCUUCGCCACGUCGAUUCUCCUCGUCACCUGUGCCCUUCUCAGACACUGUAUCUUGCCCGCGUUCUUUCCGAGACUACAACGAUAUACACCACGCUCUGAUCUCCAAGUAGACAUCGACAAAGAAACCCCUACCGAUGGUAGCGAACCCCUCGCUUCUACGAACCACGAACACCCCGCGAAUAAACUACAUCCAGCGAUCACAACCACGAGCUCAGUCCUCCACUCGUCGCAUUCGUGCCCGCGCAAGAUGGCGAGCAACAACACAUCGAAGCCAAACUCUCCGGCAGUUCUAUCUACGCCUCCAGGCUUCAGGAGCCGCCAUGAUUCUAUAAACUCCAUAUCCACCGCUUCGCAGGCCGAUAAGGACCAGCUAGCCCAUACUCUGAACAGAAUCCAUACAUCGGCGAGCCAGUCUGACUCUUUGACGACAUUCAACGACUUUGCUCCUCCUCCCUCAUCUCUUCCGGCAACAGAAACUAAGGUUCUGGCAGGAGAGCUGGUUCAAAAUGGCCUCAGUGGACUCUACAGUCGGCUUAAAGAGGCGGUAGGCGCUGGCGGGGCGAGACAGCAAGACGUCGACGAUGGCGACAGCUUCGAUGCUGCAUCGAAACGCAGCACCAGCACCACGGCCACAACCCCGAAAAUACCCAUCGCUUCCCUCACCCGCGUUGAAACCGCCGCUACGAGCUCUUCAUUCAUCUCGGGAACAACGCACGAUGGUCCCAUGACAGGCACUUCCUCGUCAGGAAUGAACACUGUCAUGUCUGACAGCCAGUCACACCCCCCUCAGUCAUCGAAAGCGACAUCCAUUUCCGCGAUGACGGCGUCUAAAUCGAGUGCUGCCAGCCGGCAAAGCUUGCCCAGCGUGGCCAAAGCCUCAGCAGUCACGGCCAUAAAUCCUGAGGUCGCACCAGCUACAGCAACAAGAAGCGUAGCUCGCAUGGAGGAUGGCCCAGUUCGAACGUCUGGGAGGCGGAGUAUCAGCAAACACCCUGAUCCGCGGCUGUUCGGAAUCGGGCAUGAUCACAAAUUCGAUGUCCUAGAGCCUAAACCCAGCGCAAUCCUCCCCGAGCGAACCCAUGGAAUUAUUCCCCGGCCCAGACGCGAAGACACAGCUGUCGACGGUCCUUCGGAUAAGCCCCUGAGCCCAAUCAAGACCAGCGCACCACAGCUCCCAAAGUUGCAGACCGCGGAUCCCCGGUCUCCUACAUUAUCGACGUCGUCGAUGAUGCUAGUUCCGAAACGACCAGCAGUCAUUGAUCGCAUCAGUCGGUCUCGGUCACCUGGCUAUGCCCCCUCAAGAUCUUCAUCGAUGGAACAUGUCACCGCAGAACCAAGCCCCAUCAGUACGACUGCCCACGACUCUGUAUACCAUGACUCCUUCGCCCACGCUGCUCAGCCCAUACAUGGAAGAACGGGGGCUUUGCGCAUCCCUGGCACAACGACCAACGAAGGUGCCCCUGAACAAGUCAAUGCCAGGCUUGAUAGGAUGCGGCGUCAGGUUCUGAGCAAAGAAUUUUGGAUGGCCGAUGAAACUUGCAAAGAAUGUUUCAUAUGCGGCCAGCCGUUCUCAGCUUUUAGAAGAAAGCACCAUUGUCGAACCUGCGGGUGCAUCUUUGAUUCAAAAUGCACUUCCAUCAUCCCAGCCUCAAAAUUUGGAAUGACAGGGACCCUCAGAGUUUGCAAAACUUGCCUAAAAGUCAUCAACCAGCGACUGUAUGAAGGGAGCGGCUCUGACGACUCUGGGGACGACUCAUUCUUGCCAGCUCUUUUUCGUCAAACCAAGGCAACUCCCAAGGCGACGCAAGCAGAGGCUGAGGUUGAAGAACCGAGUUUCGCUGAUCGAAUGGAGGACCUGGGUGACGCGAGAUCUGUCCAGACACCUAUGAUGGCAAUUCCUGCGACCAGAAGGAUCAAUGACUCUAACCGAAACUCUGCCAUUCUAGAAAUAGAUGCGCCGCAGCUCAGUCGCCCGAGCUCCUCACGUUCUCUGAGGUCUUUAACAUCCGCGAAUCGGCCGCAAUCGUCAGGUCACAGACGACACCAUUCGAAGCAUCACAACAACUUCAUGUCAAGGUUCAAGCCAAUGCCAGACGAUAGAGCCCCGUUCCGCAAGGGAAUCACUGAAGAGAUGGCCAAGAAGCCGAAAUAUCCGGCUUUCCACGACGACAAUAUCAUCGACCCGGAACUGGCUGCCUACAUGUCAGACGAGUCCAGCGGUGACGAACAGAUGAGCAUAUUUGCCACCAUGUCAAAUGCUGAUCUGCAACCAUCAAGCUACGACCAUGAGAAGUCAAGCUUCGGACCGUUUUUGAGCACGGGAAGGAGACACCGACUUGGACGAGGGGAGAAGAGUGUUAGCGGGUUGAGCUUCACAAGUCGCGGAAUAGAUGAUAAUGCCGGCUCGGGAAGUCUUAUCGGUCAUGGCCGCCCCGCGAGAAGACGCAAUCUCAGUAAUGUGAGCCAUCAGAUGAGGUCCCCGCGCCCCAAAUCUGGCAUCUUCAAGGGUCCGUCCGCGUCCAACGAGAACGUCUUCACCAUUGAGAAUCCUGCUAUCGAAGCCACGAAAUUGACUAGAAGCGAUUCGAUGCAAGCGGACAAGCAGCCACAGGUGGAGCUCAAUCCAUCUAGUAUGUUGCAUGUCAAGAGACUCCUGCAUCAGUUGCUCGAAGACUCCGGCAUACCCAAUGUGCCAGCAUGGGAAAAGGCUCUAGUUCCCAUCUUGCUCCAGUGCACCGACGACGUUACACCCGACAUUAGAGUGGGAGAUGACAUGGACAUACGACAUUACGUCAAGCUAAAGAAAAUACCAGGUGGAAAACCCGGGGACACUAGCUACGUCUCAGGCGUCAUAUUCACAAAGAACCUUGCUCUCAAGAGCAUGCCACGCCGCAUCCUCAAUCCCCGUAUCGUCAUCGUCUCUUUCCCGAUAGAGUACCAGCGGCACCAGCAACACUUUAUGAGUCUUCAACCUGUCAUCGAGCAGGAGAAGGAGUUUUUACGAAUUGUCGUCAAUCGCAUCAUCAACUUGCGCCCACAAUUACUUCUCUGUGAAAAAUCUGUGUCUGGUGUUGCAUUGCAGUACCUCUCCGAGGCAGGCAUAGCUGUCGCCUACAAUGUCAAGCCAUCGGUCAUCGAAGCCGUGUCGAGAUGCGCAGAAACAGACAUCAUCUCCUCUCUCGACAUGCUGGCCUUGCAAGUUCAGGUCGGAAGAUCUGGCGGCUUCGAAGUCAAGACAUACGUCAACAAGAACUAUCCCGGAAAGAAAAAGACUUAUAUCUUCCUUUCUGGGUGCUCUGAGAAGCUUGGCUGUACGAUCGCUCUCCGCGGCGACUCAACUGAGGUUUUGUCAAAGAUGAAGAAGAUCACAGAGUUCAUGGUCUAUGUCGUGUACAACUUGAAGCUGGAGACGUGCUUGAUGAGAGACGAGUACAUUCAGCUGCCUGCAGAGCCUGAGGAAUCGUCUUCUCUGUCAUCUUCUCUCCGCCAAAAUCCCGAGGAUGGUCCUAGAUCUCUCAGCGCGUCAACUGAACUCGCAGAAACGGGACCGCAAAUAUUGAAGACCUCGCCCACGGAGUCUGAACUCCCUACACAAACCAGUGAUGACACGUCUUUGGUCACUGCAGAGGGUACAGUAUCGUCAGAUCAGACUGAAGAGCAUGUUGCAGAAGAACGCCCUCCACUCGUAUCUCUCCAUGCCUCUCACGUUCCGCCUACGUCUCCUGAGUCCCAAGUGCCAGAAGAUGUGCCGAUGCCAACAUACUAUAGCGAUAUGGUUGCGAGAUACGAGACCAAGAUCCUCUCAGCUUCUCCGUUCGUCAAGUUUGCUCAGCCUUACUUGCUCAUGAAGGCGCGAGAGCAAGAACGGAGAUUGGUUUACUUGAAACGGCUGAGGGAUCAAGAUGUUGUUGAGGAACAGAUUGACGCCGAGAAGUCAAAGUCACAAAAGUUCCAGCUCAUUAAGCCUGAAAUGGUCCACGCUAUCGGGCAGAAGGCGCCUCGCCAAGUUAUGGAGAUUUUGCACGCCGUGCAUGAUGCCGAAUAUGACAAGGCGCUUUACAACUACCAGGUCCAGACCCGGCAAUGGGAAAACUACAUCCAGGGCAAUCUCGACCUUUUCGAUCCCUAUUCUCACCAGAAUAUUGUCGUUUUGUACUCAGUCAUCUGUACAGAGACCAAAAUUCCGUGCUCAGAGCCCGGGCUGAUUGCAAUUGCGUUUUACGAUGAGCAUGUCGACGAGAGCGGAAGCAUGGAUCCGGAUUGCACUCUCGGUCAGUACAUUGAAGACCUGUGCAUCAGUAAGGACUCGAUAUGCACAGCCAAUGGCUGUGACCGGAAGAUGACGGCGCAUCAUCGCACUUACGUCCAUGAUGAGUCACGAGUCACUAUUUUCGUUGAGCCGGCGGCCAAAAGACGCAACUUGGACGGUAUCACUAUGUGGAGCUACUGCAAAACAUGCAAGAAGGAUUCUCCUGAGAUGGGAAUGUCUGAUAGCACAUGGAAAUAUUCUUUUGGCAAGUACCUUGAGCUUCUCUUUUGGAGCAGGGGCCUGCGGCUUCACGAAUUUUCUGGGUGCCCGCACGACCAUCACCGCGACCAUAUCCGGUACUUCCAUUACCGUGACACCUGGGUAAGGAUCCAUCACGAUCCCAUCGAUCUUCUCGAAAUUGUCGUCCCCCGAGCUCGGAUUACGUGGAAGGUCGAAAAUGACCUCAAGCUCAAGAAUGAGAUCUUCAACAAGAUUGAGGAACGAUGGGUCCGCUUCAUCAACUCUGUCAAGUUCAGGAUCAAAAGCAUCCGCAUCGACAGCGUUUUGCCUGAAAAAGCCGAUGCGUGUAAGACCGAAGUCGACCGACUUGCCAAAAAAGCCCAGGAUGACCAAGUCGCGUUGACCCGCAGACUUCAGGAAACUUACGUCAAUUCCAAGUAUUACGAAGUCAUUCCGUUCAAUGCCAUUGUCAGAGAGAUGCUGGAAAAGGCUGGCGAUUGGGAUGCUUCUUUCACUAAAUUCGAGACCGAUUUUCUGCCGGACAAAGAUUUGCGCCAGUUGACGAUGCUUCAGCUCAAGAAGAUCUUCUCGGACAACGAAUCGAGAGAGUCUCUUCCCUCCACCGACGGUAACUCCACCGUGGACUCCGGGGAACCUCCAUCUCAAACUUUCUCAGAUGAUGCUGAUGAGAAGUCUUCGACUCAACCAACCGACCCAACUGAACCUAGCGAGGAAGGUGCCUCGGAGACGACCAAGAACGAAGGCGAUCCAGAGAAUGAGCCUGAAGAGCUCAAAGAAAAGGCGCCAAUUCCAGAACCGGAGCCAUCCCAAGAGCAAGAAUCUGGACCCGGUUUGAAGGACAAGCCUGCUACCGAAGACGAGAAUCCUGAGUCCUCAGAGACGAGCAAAAUUAGUACACCGGCUGAAUCCGUACUGGAAAGAGUCGAGCCUCUGGAUCUGGCUACUCCAAGCUCGCCAAAAGGGAAGAAUCCUUUCUCUUUUGCUGCCAUUGAUGAAGCUGGAGAGACCUCGAGUGAUUCGGGUGCUAUCGAGCCAACUUCACCAACUACCAGACCUCCACUCACUACGACCUCCACAGGGAUUUCUCUUUCAGAAAAAGUCGAGCAGCUUCGACGUGAGCAACAGGUCAUGGGUAACGAAACGCCCUUGGCCAACGAGCCCGCUGAGGCACCGAAAGCAAAUCCGGAGCGUACUUUGGCUCGCAGGGCUCCGAUGAUUAGAACUCUAUCUCAGCCCGCCCAAACGUUACCAAGAUCGCAGUCAAGCUUUGCCAAGUCAAUCUUGCCAAAGGAUGGCGCAGGGCCCAGCGAAAAUUCCAGCGAGACAUCCUUCAAAGUGGAAAAGAAACCGUUUGAUCGGCUGGCGUUGGGGAUGAAGAGCCAUAGAAAGGCCGGCCCCUCCUCAAUCCCUCGGCUAAUCACGAAGAAGAAGGAUACGCACGUGUCGUCUCAGGUAUCUAGGAUUGCCAAGCACUUUGAACAACUGAGUCGCGAAUUCGAGAAGGAAAGGCAAAGGGAAGAUCGCAGAAAGCGCCUAGCGAAACAUCAACCUCGUGCCGGUCUGCCACGCUCAGCAACUAAGGCCAUUGUGGAGGUCUAUCACAACAUUGACAAUGCCGUCCAGGAGGCCGGGCCGUCAAACACUGAACAAAACAAUGAGAUCAAGAUUCUCGAGCCAAAGACUGCACCCGUAACCCCAGCACCUCCAGGUGUUGUGCAUACGGAACCCGACACAAUGCCGCCUACUGGAGAGUCACAGCCUGUAACAGAAGCUCCGGCCGCAUCUGAAGAGCACCACGUUGGCGGAGAGACUGACGACACUGCGACGGUUACUGCCAGCCACGGUGGAUCGGACGACGAAGGGCAAAGCGACAACGAAGAAUCCAUACUAGGCGACUUGCUGCCCGAUGUGAAGGAGCUUGCAGACUCACUUGAGCCCAGCACCGAGAUUCCGUUGGAACUACCCAAGCAUCAAAAGACUAGCUUGAUGAAGAUGCUUACAAACUUCUGGGCCGAGCGAUCUGCGAGUGGCUGGCCUCAGUUGGAUUACCCGGUCAAUGCCAGCGAUCAUAUUUUCCUCGACUCGGACGUGAUUGUACGAGAGGACGAGCCUUCCUCCGUUAUUGCCUUUGCGCUAAGCUCUGAUGACUAUCGCACGAAGCUGGCUGAUAUCCGCCGUCAAGAGCGGAUGGCCAUACAAAAGGACUAUGAGACAUCAAAUCUCGAGGGCAAGUCUUCUGGUAUGUCUGACACUGGUGGUGAGUUCAUGAUGGAAGAGGGCGACCUAGAGAAGAGUCUGCUCAGAGCCACGGGUACCCAUCUCAAGUAUCAAUUCAAGGAAGGUUCUGCGACAAUGCUCUGCAAGAUCUUCUAUGCCGAGCAAUUCGAUGCGCUUCGCCGGAAGUGCGGUGUUGCAGAUCGCAUUGUCGAGUCUCUUUCCCGCUGCCUGAAGUGGGACUCGAAGGGCGGGAAAACGAAGUCGGUCUUUCUCAAGACUCUGGAUGAUCGACUGGUACUCAAGGGCUUGUCGCCGAUUGAGACGUCGGCUUUCCUUCGAUUCGCUCCAGCCUACUUCGGCAUCAUGGCAGAGGCUCUGUUUCAUGAUUUGCCUUCUGUCAUUGCCAAGAUGCUAGGUUUCUUCCAACUGAUUAUCAAAAAUCCAGUCACUGGCGUUGAGAUCAAGCUAGACCUUCUUUUGAUGGAGAAUCUCUUCUACGAUCGUGGCCCGACCCGUCUUUUCGACUUGAAGGGAUCAAUGCGCAAUCGCAAAAUCCAGUCCACAGGCGAGCAGAACGAGGUGCUUCUUGACGAGAACAUGGUUGAAUUUAUCUACGAAUCUCCUUUGUUCGCGCGCGAGCAUUCCAAGAAGCUCCUGAGAGCAUCCGUCUGGAACGACACCCUGUUCCUCGCAAGGCAGAACGUGAUGGACUACUCAUUGAUGAUCGCCGUGGACGAAGCUAAGAAGGAGUUGGUUGUUGGUAUCAUUGACUGUAUCCGGACGUACACAUGGGACAAAAAACUCGAGAGUUGGAUCAAAGAUCGAGGAUUUGCUGGCGGUGGCAGAAAUCGCCCGACAGUGACCAGUCCGAAGGAAUACAAGUCUCGUUUCCGGGAGGCGAUGGCCAGGUAUGUUCUUGACAGAUAUCUUCGACAGGCUUCUCCCGGCCAAGGUUCGAAUCAGAUGCAAAGGCCGAUUGAACCUCCGGCCAACCAUGAACAUUACCUGCCAAUGGUUACUCGACUGAUGAAUGGAUUGAUGAUUAUGGAGCAUUAUGGCGUCGAUGAAUCACGGCCUUCACAAUACGAAUACCCUCUAAUGGCACAUAAACGAAUGAUGAAGCCCCCCACGAUAAUUGAGCAGGCGUGUACACCUGUGGAAACGAGCAACUCGGUCCACCAGAAAGCCAAUUUAGCGCAACAUGCUGCCGUUACCCCCACCAAGCCCGUGCCUUGCUAUCUGGAGUUCACUACCUCGUUUGAUCAACAACUCAGUCCUCACUUAUCUUUCCUCUUGUCACACAAGACCACAGCUCUAAUGUCAAUAGACCUCAACUGGGAGACGCUCACGACGGGCCCCGACGGAGAGGCUCUCGCCCUCCGCAUCCGCGACUUCAUUCACACCAAAUUCCAGGCUGUGCCGUUGCCGCGCUUCAUCAAGUCCGUCAAAGUACACGACUUUGAGUUCGGGACCAUCGCCCCCGAACUAGAACUUAAGGACAUCACCGACCCGCUACCAGAAUUCUACGAGGAAAACUCCGACAUUGAGGAUGACGAGGAAGAGGAGCAGGCCAUCCUCGAGGAGCAGGCACAGCAGCAGCAGCAUGGGCCCAGGAGUCAGCUGAGCGCCGGCGAGAGGAGGAGGCAGAGGGAGGAGGCGUCGAUGCCGCCGAGGCUGAGCACGCACGCGCUCCGUGGCCAGUCUGGGGACUUCCCCAGCCCGUUUCUGGGUGUAUCGACGCCGGGGAUUCUCGGCGGGACGUCGAACCUGCAUUAUUUCCAGUCGCACCUGGGCACCGGCUGGUCGGGCACGCAGACGCCCCUCGCCGCGGUGGCGGGCGCGCACAUGGGCAACAGGCUGGAGACCUCAGCCGUGCUUUCGCCUGUCGGCUCGCCGCCACCGAACGGGUUUUCCUCGCCGAGCCACAGCCGGAACCCCUCGCAGAGUUCCAUCUCCGUAAGCGACUUCAACCCGGCGCUGGCGCAGCUGAGAGAAAAGUCGAGUGUGUCGACGCUGGCGCCCACGUCGGCGGGUGCGUCGAGGCCGCCGACGCGGGACACACACCUCGCGGGGUCGGCGAUCCAGGAGGAGGACGAGGAGGUGCUGCCGGAAGACGAAGACGACAGCAACAACAACGCGCCGCGGUUCCGGGAGCCGAGGCCCGAGGACCUGCAGGCCGUGUUCCGCAUACGGUACGCCGGCGACGUGAGGCUGCGCCUGACGGCGGAGAUUUUGCUCGACUACCCGAUGCCGAGCUUCGUAGGGAUCCCCGUGCAGCUCAGCGUCACGGGCCUCACGUUUGACGGCGUCGGCGUGAUGGCGCAUAUCCGGAAGAGGGUGCAAUUUUGCUUUCUGAGCCCCGAGGACGCGGUCACGGCCGUGGGCGCGGACGACGCGGGCCCCAGCGAGCCGGGCAAGAGGUUCGGCGGCUUGCUGCAGGAGAUCCAGGUCGAGAGCGAGAUUGGCCUCCGGGACGGGGGCAAGCAAAGCUUGAAGAAUGUGGGCAAGGUCGAGAGGUUCGUGCUGGAGCAGGUGAGGCGGAUAUUCGAGAAUGAGUUUGUGUAUCCCAGCUUCUGGACAUUCUUGGUUUAG